UCAGAGCUGUUGGCUCAACACAUGAGGCAAACCAUGUAUUGUGAGUGUGAAUAGGGCUCAGUGGCAGUGCAGGGGAUUAGUAUGAGAAUAGCGUGUGAGUGCUGGAAGGCCAGGACUUCAUUUCUGUCACUGCAACUCAUGCUCUCUCACCUCAGCCCUCUGCUCCUCCAAACACGCAGCUGUGGCUCGGCUCCACUCUCCACCUCGGUCACCGUCACCUUCCUCCGACCGCUCAUAAUCUUCCUCACCUCGAGCCUCGUCUUCCCCCUGGCAGAAGCUGGCGACAACAUGGAGAAAAACCACACCUUCCUGUACUUUGCAUACGGCAGCAACCUGUUGAAGGAGCGGCUCCAGCUCAAGAAUCCCUCAGCGACAGUGCACUGUGUGGCCAGGCUCAAGGACUAUAGAUUGGUGUUUGGGAACCAUAAAGGCCUUGCCAGUGACCGAUGGCAUGGAGGCGUGGCAACCAUAGAGGACAGCCCAGGGGACGAGGUGUGGGGUGUGGUGUGGAGGAUGAGCAUGGCUGAUCUGGAGUCUUUAGACAGUCAAGAGAAUGUGACGUUAGGUGCGUACAGUCCUGUGGAGCUAUCAGUGAAGACAAAAUACCAGGAGCUCGACUGUCGUACCUACAUGAUGAACAGCUGUGUGUACGCCCCACCAUCGCCACAGUACCUGCAGGUGAUCAUGAUGGGAGCGGAGCAGAACGGCUUGCCUCAGGACUACCAGGAGAAGCUGAGAGCAAUCCAGACCAACAUGUAUGAAGGUCCUCUACCCAUGAUGGCUGACCUGGAGCGGGCCAGAAGGAGAGCCAAAGAGAGGGUCAACCACCGUUCUGAUGCCUGAUAAUCCAGCACAAUCCAGGUCCACUUUUUACUACAGGAAAGUCUUCGUAACGCUGUAUUCAACCUACUACUGUAGCUCAAGGGAUGACACCCCAGGUGAAUAGGGUAAAAAAGAAAUAACUGUUUUUUUUGUAUUACAAGUUUUCUGAAAUGUUACGUUUAAUAUGCAAAUGAGGCUUCAUCUAAUGCUAACUUUUGG